AAAAAAGAUCAGGAAAAUUUUAAGUAGAAAAAAAAAUUGAAAAUUUAUUAAGUGAAAAGGAGUAUUUAAGUAAAUUAAAAAAUGAUUUAGGGAGUUUCAUAAGAAAUUUAAAUUCAAGAAGAGUUAAUUGAUUGUGAGCAUAAAGAUUUAAUUCAUAACGUUUUGUGCAAGAUUUGCUUCAUGCUUUUACAGAAACCCAUUUUAGUAUGCACUAAUUGUGGAUAUUUUGCUUGUAAGGGAUGCAUUAAGAAAUGGUAGAAGAAUACAUUAAACUAAACUUGCCCUUAAAAAUGCUCAUAAAAUUCUACUUUUCUUGAAAAGCAAAUACCACAAUUAGAAAAAGUAUUCAAUUGGUUAUCGAUUAAGUGUCCAAACUCAUUAAAUGAAGAUCCUUCUUAAUAAUGUAAUGUAGUGAUGAAAUAUAAUGAAAUUAAUUAACAUGUUCCAAACUGCUAAUUUACUUUAGUCAAAUGUAGAUUUGCAAAUUGCUAAAAGUUAGUUUGCAAAAAAGAUUUAGAUCAUCAUCAAAAAAAUUGCGAAUUCAACAAAAUUAAAUGUAAAUACUGCUUAAAUCCUUUAAAAAUAGAAGAAUAGGAUAAACAUUUGUAAGAAUGUGAUCACAGAAUUAUUAGUUGUCCCAAUUAAGGGUGUUCUAGCAAAAUGUAAUACUUAAAAAGAAAUGUUCAUUUGGAUCAAUGCAAGUUUAGAUUGAUAGAUUGUACGUAAUGCUAAUAAAAGAUUUAAUUUAAGGAUCUAGAUCAUCAUACGCUAAAUUUAUGCAUAAAUAGAUUAAUAUAAUGCCCUUAGUGCAGCUCUUAGAUAAUAAAAAAAGACGAAUAAUAUCAUUUAAAGCAAGAUUGUCCAAGCAGAAAUGUAUUUUGUGAAAAUUGCUUAUAAGGAAUGAAGUUUACAGAUUUAUAAAGACAUAGUGAAAAUGAUUGCAUACAAGCAUUAAAAUAAAGAUUAGAUAGCGCAUAAGCAAAAAAAGACGAAUGCAUUGAAUAAAUAAAGGAAAUUUCAUAAUAUCUUAACUAAAAUUAGAAUAUAUGA